AUGGAUGGAGAUUCAAGCUCUGAGGAGACAACAGCUACUUCUGGUCCUAGUACCCGUAACUUUGUUUGCACUAUAUGUUUCAAAGUAUUCCCUUCUGGUCAAGCCUUGGGUGGCCAUCAAAACGCUCACCUACAGGAGAGAUCGUUCAGAAAAACAACACCUAACAUUUUAGGAGCCGUUCUAAAUCACCCACUUCCCGAUGACGAUGACCAGCCUUUACCUCGUUCUAACUCCGGCAACCGGACUCUAAUCCAGCAGCCGGGGCUCAUUGCUCCUGAAGAUGGAUCCAAAACUCCUAAGAGAGCAAAUGUUGGUCACCCAAUUGUGGGAAGAGCCAACAACGGAUCAUCAUCUCUCCAUGUCCAUCAUCCUUAUGUGAGACUGGCCGAUGAAGAAGCUCGCCGGCGGCGUCUGACAAAGAAUUUAUUAGGAGAACGGAAACCAAAGCAAGUCAAGAAAGGAGAGAAAUCAUCUGAAACAAGCAUUGGUGAUUCUGGUGUUGAUAUUGAGCUGAGUUUGAAGAGAAAAGAGUAUGUAGACCUGGAAUUGAAGCUAGGGUUUUGA